UCUUCUUCACACCAUCUAUCAUCUCUCGUCAUCUCUUCUCCCCACUCUCACACUCUUCUCUCUCACAAAUCUCGCCUCCGAUCCGCCGCUGGAGCCUCCGAUCGCGCCACCAACCCCCCGCCCCGUGGUCCGAUCCGUCAGCCUCCGAUCCUCCUCCAUGGGCUGCUCGGAGCCUCCCGACACCGCCGUCGCCGCCCUGCUGCCGAGGCCCGAUGAGGGAGAAGGGAGUGCGACGGGUUCGAUGAGGAGGGGGAGGAUCGCCUACCCCCGCAGCUUCCUGCUCUCCGUCGCCGGCUCCGUCGCGUCCAGGGACCUCCCCGCCGGCGUCGACGCCUCCGCCCUCAGUGAGAUGAUGAACCAGGCCGCGCCGCCGGCGAGGUGGGAUGCUUCCUCACCGUCUGGAUCGGGCAACUGUCAAGGGGAUCUGCCUGCACGCGAGCCGGAUCAGCUCGAUAUGCAUCCUGGAAACCAGUUUAAGCACAGUUUGCCAAAACCCGAGCAUGACGGGUUGCUGGGAAGCGGUGCUUUCCCCAGGCCUCCACGUUAUGUUGGACCUUUGGCAGCAAAUGAUCUAGGGAGUGGGUAUCAGCUAAACAGGAACUCUGGCCGUUACCAGCCACCGCGUCCAUACAAGGUUAUACCUGUACCACACAAAAAUGUCGACUCGGUUAAUGAUGAGACAUUUGGCUCUUCUUCCGAAUGCUCAAACGAGGACAGAGUGGAAGAAGAAAGAAAACGGAGAGAAUCAUUUGAAUUGAUGAGGAAAGAGCAGCAUAAAGCCCUGCAAGAAAAGAAGAACGCUCCUGACUGUGACAGAGAAAAUCUCGGUGAUGGAAUAAUUUCCUUAGUAGAGAAUUCUGCUGGAAAAGGAGGUCCUCGUACUAGAACUGAUGAGCAAGUUGAAUUGAAUGCUUCCUCUUGCUCUAAAGAUGAUGCAGUUAAAACACCUCCACUUCUACCAACUCCUAAAACCAGGCCACUCAAACCCCCUGGUUUCUCAAAAGCAUUACCUGAGAAAAGGCUUCAGCUGCAGUCCUCCAACUCAUCAUCACUCAAUUCAGAGAGUCGGCAGCGGAAAACUGAUGAUAUAAUGGUUUCACCUGUACCAGAAUCAUCCAAAUGUGCUAAACAUGAAGGCUCAGGACAUGCAGAACAUUUAUCAUCAAAGAAGCUGCUCAGCAUGAUUGUCAAAGAUGAAAAUAUCUUUGCAGACAAUAUGGUUCGAGGUCCUUCGGCAUCUGGUGGUACUUCUGAGAAUUUAUCAACAACAUCACGAAGUAAUUGUGAAUCUGGAUCUAAGCUCUGCCAUUUUAUAUCUCCUGCACCUGUUGUUCAGACUCUCGAGAAGUCUAGCACCGAUGGUAUUCCAGAGUCAGUUCCAGUUGUGACAUGUGGGGAUCUUGAGGUGACCAUGCUAGCCCAUGUUAGUGGCCCUAGUAACUCCAAUCAGCAAACUACUUCCCAGAAGUGUCAGACUGUUCUAGAUGAACCAAGGGCUGGAGAGCAAAUUGCUGUUGACAAGCAUUCAUCACACCCUAUUCUUUCUUUGUUACAGAAAGGAACAACCAGUAAGGAUUCAUCUCCUCUGCAGUUCCACAUGGGACCAGCUGAUAAACUGCCGAGUUCUGAUCCUAAUGGUAUGGUCAAAGGUGGUACGACAGCAAGUGAUCUGGUCAGUAAUACUGAAAUUAUCCUCACCUUGGGUAAGAAUAUGACACUUGAACCAUUGUUUGGAGCUUCUUUUACGAAUGGUCAUCGUUCUAGGGAUUCUCCAGUUUCUGUCCUAGAAGAUACUGCUGGUGGCCUUAAUUCAUCAUCCAAGAGAUUACCGUUUUCAGCGGAAGGGACUAUACCUUCGCUCAUUCCUGAUGACCACAGUAAAGACAGUGCUUUACACAUGAAAAAGGGGGCUGGAGUAGAGCAUGGCAACACAAAAUUCUCUGCCUUUUCAAGUUGGGAAGGUGCUAGCGUUGGUGAGGAAGGCUUGGGAAUGCAACUGCCGGAGGAAGAUGAUCUGUUUUCAGUGAAUGAUUCACUGCAUGCUGACAAUACUCAUAAUUUGCCAUAUGCUGGAUCCGCUAGAGCGGAUAGUCUAUUGACAGCAAAAGAAGUUGCUGAUCUCAGCAACAGGUUCCGAAGUAGCGUGCCUGCUGAAUCAGAACAAGUUCAGGUACUUGGCCAUGAUAUGCCGAGGUCAUCUUCUCAUGAUCAGGUUGACCCAAACAAUCUUUAUCAACUUUUUGGAAGUAGUUCAUCUGCAACUUUCCCUAUAGAAAGUGCAAUUACGACGUUCCAGCACAUGGAUCAUAUUUUUAAUCAGAAUCAACAAGUACCAUUCAGCAUGCCAGAAGCUAUCCACCAUAGCACUAAUCAGAAUCAACAAGUGCCAUUCAGCAUGCCAGAAGCUAUCCACCAUGGCACUAAUCAGAAUCAGCAAGUACCAUUCAUCAUGCCAGAAGCAAUCCACCAUGGCAACCAUCAGAAUCAACUAGUGCCAUUCAACAUACCAGAAGCUAUCCACCGUGGCAGCCGUCAGAAUCAACAAGUACCAUUCAACAUACCAGAAUCUAUCAACCGUGGCACCCAUCAGAACCAACAGGUGCCAUUCAACAUACCAGAAGCUAUCCACCGUGGCACUCGUUCUUUCCCACAAGAUAUUAAUUCCAUGCAACAUGUUCUUCCUGCUCGUGGUGGCCAUCGUGUUGACCCGGUUGCCCAUCAUCGUAUGCUGCAGCGCAUGAACAUGCCUGGAAGUUUCCCUCCACAAGGCUUGCCAAGAGGGGUUCCUCUAUCUCAGCCAGUACAGCACAGGCCUGACUAUAGAGCUGAAGUGAAUAGUUUGGAGAUACGCCCUCGCCCUCGCCAGCCUGGUUAUGGAGAAUCCAUGCUGAUGAGAAUGACAGGCUCAGCAGUGGGGGCGAAUCAUGUGGAAGCACUUGAAAGUUUGAUCCAGAUGGAGCUAAGAGCGAGACAGAGGCAUCUCCGCCCUGCCAUGGUUGGUCCUGUUCAAGGUUUCUACAGGCCCGAGCUCAACAGGAAUUUUAGAUACUGACUAUGGACAUAGAUGUUUACCCAGGGAUAAUCUAGGAUAAACUAGAAUGUGGGUAGUGCUGUUGUUUUCUAAUCUGAAAUUGGUGGUGGCAUUAAAGUACUUUGGAGUAGCAAAUAGCAACCGAGAUAAAGUGGAUGGUUAGCCCCUGGUUGUGGCUGUCAAAAGAAGUCGUUAAGUUUGCUGUGGUUGAUUUAUUUUGGAUUUCCUUGUAUUAUAUGCUAUGCUGCCAAAAUAUGUCGAACCCAGUGAAAAGUACUUGAUGGCUUGACGGCCUCGGGAUUUAUGAUCAACUGAGUCAUUCCCCCGUGA